AUUCUAAGUUAAUGCUAGUAUACGGGUGGAUGGUUCUGGUUAUAUAAGCAGGAUUUUUAGAAAUUUUAUAGUGCCUAUAACCAGAAUAGAGUUGUAGAGAGAAUGAUAUAACCGAAAAACACAAGAAAGAAAAGGCAUUUACUAUUUGUACAGUUAACAACUUUUCAUUUGUCUAUAAUUUUCAGUAUGAAAAUAACACUGUUUUAUGUUUUUAUAUUUUGGACUAUUUGUUUGAUCACAUCGCAUAAAAUUCCAUCGCAGUAUUUGAGAAAAGCCAAAGCUGUGAAUAAUUUGAAUGAACUUGAACAGCUUCUAAAAGAACGAAAAUAUGAAGCACAAGAUCAAAAGGAGACCAAAGAAGAAAUGAAGAAUACUCUGCAGACAGAAGAAGAAAAAAAGGAGGAACAAGAAUAUAGUGAUGUUGAAGAAGAAAUGGAUAGGGCUUCACAGGAAGCGGAUGAAAGGGAGAUGCAUGAUAACGAUGAAAUAGAGGGUCGAGAAGGAAGAUUUGGUCAUAAUUUGCAUACCUCCCAAACAUAUCUUGACAGACCCGGCAAGUAUAAUGCAAGAAAAACUGAAGAAAGCAUGCCAACAUUUACAGAUAAAGAAGGGUUUUUGUUAGAGAAAAAAAUCAAAGAAUGGAGAACGACAAAUGAAAAUGAAAAAGAAGAAGACACAGAAGAAUUACCUAUAGAUCAUCCGGAGAAUAUUGAUCCAAAUGAUCCUUUAUCUAACCUGCUUGAAGGUAUGGAAAUUGAGAACAAGGGGAAACUUCAUCUUGUUCAGGGACUUCAUCCUGAAAAUAGUGCUAAGACGUACGGUGAUUCCCACGACACACACAGACUAACACCAGAGCAGAUAGCAGAACUUGAAUUAGAUACAGAAGAUUCAGGCACAAGAAAGAGAAAUUUUUUAACUAAUACCAAAUAUCUUUGGAAAAAUAGCAUUGUUCCCUAUAGGUUAUAUAACAUGUCCACAAGUUCUGUAACAGUUAUAAACAAAGCCAUUAAACAAUUCCAUGACUAUACAUGUAUCAAAUGGGUAACAACAUCUGAUCCCUUGUUCAACCCAUCAGCACUUGGACACCAGAAUGUUGUAACAUUUAUAAAUGAAACAGGUUGUUGGUCCUAUGUAGGAAAUGUUAAUCCUCAAGGAAACAAUAUACAGUAUCUAGGCUUAGAAGAACCAGGUUGUAUAAGUGUUGGUACAUCUGUUCAUGAAAUGUUACAUGCCAUUGGAGGAAAACAUGAACAAUCUAGAGCUGAUCGCGAUAAAUACGUCACAAUUGAAUGGCCAAACGUAAAGAAAAGGUGGAAUGGACAGGCAUGGGUAAAAAAUCACAACAUGGAGAAGUUUAGCACACAAGACAAUAACCCCUACGAUGCAGAAUCAGCCAUGCAGUACAGUUUGUUUGCUUUUUCCUCGAAUGGCAAAAAAACUAUUAAGUUUAAAGAUCAACGAUUAGAGUUCUUGGCAGAUUCAGCUGAUGGUCUAGAGUUCUAUGAUAUACAAGAUGUUACAGAUGCAUAUAAAUGUACUGACCACUGCACCAACAUACCAAACUGUCAAAAUGGUGGCUUUUUUAAUUUUCAAUGUACAUGUACUUGUCCAGAUGUCCUAACUGGUGCUACCUGUGAACGGACUGUCUCUAAUAGUCAAACUUGUGGUGGUGUUAUCAACAUAAGGGUAGGAGAAGAAAAGCUUAUCAAAUCACCAAACUAUCCAUCCAACUAUCCCACAGGAUUAGAGUGUACAUGGUUAAUUAAGGGAACUGCUAAUAAUAUAGUGAGAGCUUCAGUUCAAUACAUGGAUAUAUCUUCUGAUGCUGCAUGCAACCAUUGGCUGGAGUAUAGAUAUAAUUUAUUGGGACAGAAAGGCCCAAAGGUAUGUGGUACAAACUUUGUUGCCGAUGAAGAAGUAUGGGAUAGCACACCUGAUGAGCUGAGUAAUGCCAUGAUCAUUAGAUUUGACAGUAACACAUUCUCAACAAAACCAGCUGCAUCAGGAUUUUCCAUUAAAGUUAAAUCGAUUGGAAAAGGAUGUAUCAGCAACCCUUGUGUAUAUGGAAAAUGCAGCAGUCCUGAGGGUACCAGUGACUAUACAUGUACAUGUUACCAAGGUAUAACAGGGAAAAACUGUGAUGUACUAAGUAGAUCAUCAGUAGUCAAAUGUACGUUUGAGUAUGGAGAAAGGUGCAUUUUUGAAACAGAGGCAAAUCAUCAGCUUAAUUGGGACUAUCAAAAUAAAGGUACACCAUCAAAAAAUACAGGACCAGAUAAUGCUCACAAAGGGUACCAGUAUGUGUAUAUGGAAGCAUCAGGCACAAGCAGACAGGCUGGGGAUAAAGCUGUGAUGUCUACAAAUAUACAGUUGCCGAAUGUCAGCCAAGUUAUGACGUUCUGGUAUCACAUGAAGGGUACUGGUAUGGGUACUUUAAAUGUAUACUCUGAAGGGCCGACUACAGUAAGGUCAAAUAUAUGGACUAGAUCUGGAUUUCAGGGCAAUGAUUGGAUCAAAGGACAGGUCAACAUACCUGCUAUUAAUGGUCUUAAGAUAUCAAUUGAAGGUAUUCGUGGAUCUGGCUGGUCAAGCGACAUUGCAAUAGAUGAUAUUUCACUUAUCCCUGGAACAAGCGGUGGCAGCCAAUUGCAAACAUGUUCAUUUGAAGUUGGUGCUUCAUGUUUUUUGGUUGAAGCUACAAAUGACGAUUUUGAUUGGACUUUUAUAUCCGGAGAAUCUCCAUCUCCUGGAACAGGACCAAAAGCGGCAUAUGAAGGAGGCAUGUACAAAUACAUAGAAGUAUCGUCCCCAUUGAGCAGCAACUCUGUUGCUAUGUUGAUGUCGUCUUCAUCAUUAAAUGGUGGUGACCACUGUUUGACGUUUGCAUAUCACAUGUUUGGAGAUGAUGACAUGGGAGAUCUGACAAUAUCAACUGGAGUUACAGCCCCUGACAAUGAACUGUUUAAAAAAUCUGGUAACCAUGAUGACCAGUGGAACAAGGGGAUGGUUACAUUUACUACUAGUCCUGGAAUGAAGUUAUUUGUAGAAGCUAAUAAAGCAACAACAUGGAAGGGAGAUAUUGCUAUUGAUGAUAUUCAACUUAAAAGUGGGAGUUGUGAUGGUGGCAGCCAAUUAGAAACAUGUUCAUUUGAAGUUGGUGCUUCAUGUUUUUUGGUUGAAGCUACAAAUGACGAUUUUGAUUGGACUCCUUUAUCCGGCGAAACUCCAUCAUCUGGAACAGGACCAAAAGCGGCAUAUGAAGGAGGGAUGUACAAAUACAUAGAAGUAUCGUCCCCUGUGAGCAGCAACUCUGUUGCUAGGUUGAUGUCGUCUUCGUCAUUAAAUGGUGGUGACCACUGCUUGACGUUUGCAUAUCACAUGUUUGGAGCUAAUGACAUGGGAGAUCUGAAAAUAUCAACUGGAGUUACAGUCCCUGACAAUGAACUGUUCAAAACAUCUGGUAACCACGAUGACCAGUGGAACAAGGGAAUGGUUACAUUUACUACAAGUCCUGGAAUGAAGUUGUUCGUUGAAGCUAAUAAAGGAAAAACAUGGAAGGGAGAUAUUGCUAUCGAUGAUAUUCAACUAAAAAGUGGGAGUUGUGAUGAUUUAUCAGUAAGUUUCAGAUGUGAAUUUGAAACUGAUGCACCGUGUAUUUUUAAGGAUUCCUCACAGGAGGAUUUUGAUUGGACUCGACAUUCUUUGACAACCCCAAGUUCAGGUACUGGACCCGAGAAAGCAGCUGUUGGAACUUAUUACAUAUAUACAGAGGUGUCAUCCCCAAGAGUGAUUGGAGAUAAAGCUGUGCUCACAACUGAAGCUACUAACUUACAAGUUACUAGUUGGUGUCUGUCCUUCCAGUACCAUAUGAAAGGGAGUGGCGUAGGAACAUUAGAAAUAUUUGCUGGGGAUAAAACAGCCUCUUUGACAAGUAUUUGGAAAAAAACUGGAGAGCAACCAGAUUCCGACCAAUGGAAAACUGCUACUUUUGACAUACCACAAUUUACUAAUCCUGUAAUCACUAUAGAAGGAAGCAGAGGUUCGUCAUACCGUGGUGACAUUGCUAUUGAUGAUCUAACCCUCAGUUCAGGCGGAUGUAAUACAAGAAAUUAAACAGAGAGAGAAUAACCCUGCAUAAUGACUUAAUGAUCAUGUGAUAUAACAAAAAGAGAUAGUCCUACAUAAUGACUUAAUGAUCAUGUGAUAACAAUGACUUGUACUUGAUCUUGUCUAUAAGUUGAACAAAAAACACUCAAAUAUAUAUAUAUAUAUAUAUAUAUAUAUAUAUAUAUAUAUAUAUAUAUAUAUAUAUAUAUAUUCAUUUUGUAACUUAAUCAAAUGAAAUUUCCAUAUCAUAUUCUUUGAGAACCCUAUAUUCGAUAUAUUUACACUUUUUAUAUAUAAGUAUCGUUGAUUUGGAUUGGUUGAUAGCUAGUGUGUUUCGCAUGCAUUGUCUCAUAUUGGAUGCAUUUUUUUCUUAUUUAAUCGCCAUUUUUUACAAAACGAUAUGUCUUACCUGGUAUUUGUCUAAAUGUAACUAUGUUUAUCAUUCAUUAGAAUAAAAUCAUCCUACAUUGUCAUAAUGGCUAAAACGAAUCUAUGCAACACAUCCUGCUCCAAAACACAUUGACUUUACCAAUGCAAUAAUAAUUUUACAAGUGGUAAUCUUUUACCACUUUUUACAGCUCUUAUGAGAAUUUCUUGUGUCUCAUUUAGAAAUGUUAAUCUACGAUACCAAGUAUCAAGCAGAAAGUAUUUGUCAACAAAAUUUAACAUGUAAAUUCUAUAAAAAAUCGUAAUAUGAUUUCCAGCUUCAGUUUCGUCGUUUGUAAAUCUAAACAAAUAUUUUCUUCUGAAAAUGUACACAGGGAUAUAAAAAAAUAAAAGAAAUUGAUUAAAAUUGUUUAAAAUCUUAGUUUUUACCAUGAAAUUUAUUCACACAUGCAUGACAUAUAUGUAUAUUUUUUUUAGACGUAUAAGAUAUAUUCAGUAUCAGUUAGUUAGUUUAAUAAAAUAUUCAUU